AUGACCUCUACUGCUUGCCACCUAUCAAACCCGCACGACGUUCAAUUAAAACAACAGACCUCUUCUUUUUCUUUCAGUUUUAUUUUAAUUUCUUUUUUAUUUAUCGUUCUAUUCUGCUUUCUUUCUUUCUUUUUCUUUCUUUCUUCUUUCUUUCUUUCUUAUUUUAAUUUCUUUUCGUCCAUCGCUCUGUUAUUCCUAUCUUUCUUUUUUCUUUCUUUCUUUCAUUCUUUCUAUCUUAGUUUACUUUCUUUUCGUUCCUCUUUUCCUUCUUUCUUUCUUUUUUCUUUCUUUCUUUCUUUUUUAUCUUUCUUUCUAUCUUUCUUUUUUCUUAUUUUAAUGUUUUUCGCUCAUCUUUCUCUUCUUCCUAUCUUUCUUCUUUCUUUCUUUUUGUAUUAUUUUAAUUUCUUUUCGUUCCUUUUCUCUCUCUUCAUUUUUUUUCCAUUUUUCUUUUUUUCUUUUUUUUUCUUUCUUUUUCUUUUUUUUGAUUCUUUUUUUUCUUUCGUCCCUUUCUUUCUGCUUCUUUUUCUUUCCCUUUUCUUCUUCUUCUUCUUCUUCUUCUUCUUCUUUCAUUUUCCUCUCUUUUUCUUCUCUUUAAUUCUUUCUUUUUCUUAUUCUUUCUUUUUUCCUUUCUCUUCUUCUCUACAUUUCAUUCUUUUAUUUCCAAAGACACCCUAUGUUUAUCCUAUCCUUUUUCUUUUCCUUCCCAAAUCUCUUUCUUUCAUUUUUAUACCACCCUCCUUUAAUUCCUAUUUCGUUCUUUCUUUACCUGCAUCUUUAUUUUUUUCUAUCAACUUCUUUUUCUUCCUUUUUUUUUUUAUAGUUCCAUUAUUCUACUCGCAUCUCCCUCUUCCAAACACAUAG